UCGUGCAUCUCAAUCAGUUGGUAUACUUGGUUCCGUGUAGAAAAGUGUUUGUGAUAGAUAACAUCGAAGAAAAAAAGGUUUUCGGAGUUCAAGCGUAAGAUUUGAUUGAAUGGCUAUGCUCACUGAAAUCGCCACCCUUGAGGAGAAGUAUAUCGAAUUGUGUAAGAAGCAUGGAACCGUACCCAACACUUCCAUUUUAUCUGCCUUCUUUGAGGCGGAGGAUAAAAAGUCAAGGAAUUAAAGAUGCACCAUGAACCUUUUAGUUGACAGAGUGAUGUACGAUGACUUUCACCCGCUGCUUGAGUUAUGCAAUGAGAUCAACGCAUCUGAGGUAGAAGGAAUAGAUCUCUCUGUGAGAUCCUCUUGUUCUCUGGAAGAUCAGUACGUAUUGUCCUUGAUACGUUCUGUCAAUCAAAAAGUUCAUCUUGUUGAUGUACACGAUUGUUUUGGGAAAACCUUAUGGCGGGAUGUCUUCUCUCAAGGCUUGAGCUGCGAAGUUUUGAAUGUGAGGUCUUUGCAUUUCCCUAAGCUUAACAUAGUUGGAGAGUUCGCACAGCUGCACACCCUUAUACUCGAUUCCAACCGUGUGACUGGUUUUGGUGAACGCUUUUUUUCUUGCAUGCCGAACUUGACUUGUCUUUCGAUGUGCGACACUAUUGUCUCUGAUCUUUGGACAGCAAGCGCUGCUCUCUUGAAACUCCCUUCUCUUGAGGUGCUCUGGUUUCAGAUUUGGAUUUGUUGCAGUGAAUCUUCUACCGGUGGUGGUGGUGGCUCUUCCGCCGCCCCACGACAGAGGAAUACUACCAGCAUCAAGGCGGCCGCCGCGAUUGGAAUGCAGCCUGUAACGGUUCCGAUUUCUUUUCGCCGGCGAGAAGAAAGCCAGAUGAAUCGAGGCGAACGGCAGCUCGCACCAGAGAAUGGAUGUGAAUAUUCAUCUCCCAUAACUCUCUCCAAACUUCAUGGCCGGUGUAAGAAAUCAGAAGUUGAAGAACUCAUGUACCCUAGAUAUCGAUUCUAG